AUGCUUUUAGCAAUAUCAUCUCAACGAUUAUUCUCACGUUCAGUCAUCUUUGCUGCCUACAAACAUCAAAUAUCUUCCAUCUCAAUUCAUUCGAAUAAUAGACGACAUCGGUCUUCAUCUCAAUCUCAUCGAAACAAUCUAAAUCGACCGGUAAAUCAGACAGACAAUUUACGUCGACUUUUUCAAGCAGUUGAUGUCAAACCAAUCGUAUCCACUGACAAACUUGAUACACCAUCGUCAACAAACAAUGUAGAUGCAAAUAUUGGCCAAGAGUUAACUGGUGGAAAAACGCUGGAUCGAAACUCACUUCUUCGUGUGAUAACCGACUUUUAUCGUCGUGAUGAAAUCAAAAAAUUAGCUGCUGAUCAAGGUCUUGAUAUUCGAUUAUUUCAAGAUGCAUAUGUUAGUUUUAGAAAGUUUUGUAUUCAGUCAACAGUUUUACCUGUAGAUUUACAUAUUGUGUUGAGCGAUAUCAUCUCUGGAUCUGGUCAUGCAACGGAUAUCUUCCCCUAUUUUCUCCGACAUGCACGAGAAAUGUUUCCACAUUUGACAUGUAUGGAUGAUCUAAAGAAAAUCAGUGACCUUCGAGAUCCAGCGAAUUGGUAUCCAGAUGCUCGAGCUAUUCAAAGGAAAGUGAUUUUCCAUGCUGGUCCAACAAAUAGCGGAAAAACUUAUCAUGCACUUCAACGGUUUAUGAAUAGUGAAAGCGGAGUCUACUGUGGACCAUUAAAACUAUUGGCAUCAGAAGUUUUCUAUAAAACGAAUGCAGCUGGCACAAAAUGUGAUCUAGUAACGGGCGAAGAACGACGGUAUGCUGAUCCAGAAGGCAAAGCAGCUAAUCAUGUUGCAUGUACAGUUGAAAUGACGAAUUUAACGACAGUUUAUGAUGUAGCAGUUAUUGAUGAAAUUCAAAUGAUGCGUGAUCCACAGCGUGGUUGGGCAUGGACUCGAGCAUUGCUUGGCAUUCAAGCCAAAGAAAUCCAUCUAUGUGGUGAAGGUUCAACAAUACGACUUAUUCAAGAAUUAAUGGUAACAACAGGUGAUGAAGUGGAAAUUCGAGAAUAUAAACGAUUAACAAAAUUAAAUUAUCAAGAGAGAGCACUAGAAACAUUCGAUAAUGUCAAACCUGGCGACUGUUUUGUCUGCUUCAGUAAAAAUGAUAUUUUUCACAUAACACGUGAAUUAGAACGACGUGGACACGAAGUAGCAGUUAUCUAUGGUUCAUUACCGCCAGGCACAAAGUUAUUACAAGCUCAACGGUUUAACGAUCCCAACGAUUCGUGUAAAAUAAUGGUGGCGACUGAUGCGAUUGGAAUGGGUUUGAAUUUGAGUAUAAAACGAAUUAUCUUCUAUAGUCUGAUGAAACCGCAAUUGAAUGAACAAGGAGAGAAAGAAAAAGAUACUGUAACAACUUCACAAGCACUGCAAAUUGCUGGUCGAGCGGGAAGAUUUGCAAGUGCUUUUCCCGAUGGUGAAGUAACAACAUUUCGUCGUGAUGAUUUACCUUUAUUAAAAGACAUCGUCAAUCGACAAGUAGAAACAAUUAAGAAAGAUUUUAUUUAUCAAUUACGUAUGAAAUCAUCUCGUGCAUUUUUAUCGGAAGUCGAGAAACGUUUUUCAUUGAUGCUAUUUACAUUAAGACAUUUCGAAGAUGAAAAACGCGCACGUAUGGGUGUUAUUGAAUGUGCAAAACAUGAUCUUGUUGAACCAUAUCCAGUUUAUCAAGAAAAAGAAGGAGAAUUUGUUGCCGAAUUUAAAUUCACACUUCUAUUAAUGCCCAGUGGACAAAUGAAAAUCACCGGUUUACCAAUUGAUUUAGAUUUAUAUGAAUCGGAGUAUAAAAUAACCGAUAGUGAUAUCAAACAAUUGCUUACAAGUUCAACACAAAAGAAGAAAAACAAAAAGAAGAAGAAGAAAGGUACAGGCGCAUCAGGUGCAACAGCUCUUGACAAUGUGGAAGCAGUCGAAGAUGAUGGUGAUGAAGAUUUUGAAGAUGAACCCGAUCCAGUCGCACAAAAGAAAUCAACGAAAUCAAAGAAAAGCAAAUAA